AUGCCUUCUUUUGCGGAUCUUCCAACAGAGAUCGAGUCCAUAAUCUUUGAAUUCCUCGCCGACGAUAAGGAGGCGCUAUACUCUUCAAUACGCGUCAGUCAGACAUGGCACAACCACACUGUUGAUCUGCUGUGGCAACACUCCUCGGCAGAUGAUCUCGCAAUGAUUGAAGAACUUCGCCGUCAACAUUAUGCCAACAAGGUUGUCAAGCUGGAGGUGAAGAGCUCAUGGUGCUUUUCUCGAUUUAGGUUCCUGUCGUUUCCUGCUCUCUUUGAGGUCAACCUGGGCGCGGACUACAUACCAGAUUAUCGCCCUCGUCUCGGAACGGUACGGAUCAGCUCAUUUCUGCAGCCAACCUUGAAAAAGCUUCACCUCAGGGAGCUAUUCGUCUUGACCGAAGAUGUAAUGGAUUUGAUAUGCCUGAGGUGCCCUCUGUUGGAAGAGCUCGAGCUCGCUUCUGAACUCUCCUUCAUUCAUCCUGAAAAGUACCUCCUCCAUUCGUCAUUCAACUUCCCAAAAUUACGCAGGCUUGUAUACAGAUGGGGUAGUCUUACCUCACGAUCAGCCUUGAGACGUCUGAGUGAGCAGCUCCCAUUGCUUGAGUACCUUGAUCCUGGGUACCAGGACUUUGAUCUCCGAGAAGAACUUGUUGGAGUCGUGUUCCCUCGGCUGAGUACUCUCAAACUACAAUGCAGACCGCACCGCACCAACCCUGACUUUGAUCUAAACUACAAGGGAACGAUAGCAGUCGAUCACUUGAGCGCAAUCCUACAUCUUGCGCCAAAGCUUGAGACCUUCUCUCUUGGUUGGUUCAAGCUGAAUCAUGAGUUUUUCCGGGAGGAGAUGGAUGUGAACGAGCUUCGAAGCUUGCGCUGA